AGGUUAGGUUCUUUAGUUAGGUUAGGUUUUUUAGUUACGGUUUCUACAACAAGCGAAUUCCAGCGAGAUAUAAUUAUUCGUCGACUCCUUAACGUGACGAAGCGACAUUCACGUUCCAUGCAAGCUUGACGAGGGAGAGAGAGCCGGAGGGUAGGACUGGAUAUCUUCCAAGGUCUGAAGGUGCGAGGCGUGAUUGUAUACGUGUUAGCUGUAUCAAGAGCUGCUAGCCGGAGAGAUCUCGCAAGGAUGGCCGCGACGAGAGAGAAACGUUCGAACGCCGGCAACAAAAUGGCAAGGUUGCUGAACGAGGAGGAGGAGGACGAUUUUUACAAAACUACAUACGGCGGCUUCGACGAGGUGGAGCAGGAUCACGAUUACAUGGAAGAGGACGAGGCGGAGGACGAGGUGGAUUCGGACUUCAGUAUCGACGAGAACGACGAGCCGGUCUCCGACACCGAGCAAGAGGGGCCGAAGAAGAAGCGCAGAUUAGUGACGAAGGCGUACAAGGAGCCUAAACCUGCCACAUUGCAUGCACAAUCGACGCCCAGAGAGAAAAGGAUAAAACAGUCGAAACAGGAGAAGACCCUCAUAGACAGCAUAGAGAGAAAAUCGAUACGUCGCUCUACCGCUGCAAAGUCGGCAGCUACGCAGAAGCGCUUACGCGAGAGAAACGAAGAUCAGAGGCGGAAGAUAAAAGUUGUCAAGUACGACAUAUGGAAGCCCACUCAGGAGGAAUUGCUGGAAGAAGCGUUGCAGACGGAGGAGCUUAAUACGAAAUCACUGGAAAAAUAUCAGAAACUAGAGAAUGAAAAAAAGACUACGAGGACUGUGAGAAAAACGCAUGUUGGCCCGAUAAUUAGGUAUCAGUCGUUGUCCAUGCCAGUCAUGGUGUUGGAGACGUCCGUGGACGAGGACGAAAGAAUCAAUGUUGAAUGUGACGAUGAGAAAAAAGGAAGUUCCAAUAACCCAGGCUCUCCAAAGGAAGGAAGCGAAACAGAGUCAAAGACAGAUGGAAAGGACGAUGGGGGAGAAUCUGCAAACACAGCUCUCUCUGCGCCCACUAAAAGGAAAGAUAUCCAUGCCGAAGAAACAGGGACAUUUUACGAACGAACGUUUGUUACUUUUGAAAACGAACAAUCCUAUCUAGAUGUAUUUAAGAAAUCGACAUCACAGAGGCCGCCGUUGAAGCCUCUAUGUGCAAUCACGCGGUUGCCCGCCAAGUAUCUAGAUCCCAUGACACAAUUACCAUAUAAAAAUGUACAGACCUUUCGAUUGCUUCGAGAAGCUUACUAUCAGCAGUUAGAAGGUCGAACUGAACUUAACGAUGCCUCCCAAAGUCCAGAGUUAUUGCGAUGGCUUGAAUGGCGACAGAAGAAUCAUGGUAAUUCUCAGAGGAAUACUAUUCGUCUGGAGUCAGCAUCUUUACCAGUAUCUUCAUAAUUUUUUGCUUGUAAGUAGUAAUUUAGGAUUAAAAGUAACCCGUUCUUGUUAUUCCGGCUUACCCAAUACAAAUUGAAUUUUUACUAUAUAUUUAUAAUAAAAUAAUGUAAAUAUCUUUAUACCUGGUGUGUUUUCGUGCACGAUAUCCUUGUAGAACUAAUUAUAAUACAUAAAUUAUAACGCUAUAAACUUAUAGCAAGUUUUAAACAAACUAUAACAACGAAUAUUUUGUAUGUAUAUACAUACAAAAUGUAGAAAUGUUUUCAUAUAUUGUGGUUUUAUGAGUGAAGGUAUUUUAUGCACUGUGAUUAAAUAAUUUCAGCGAUUAUUAGUACUAUACAAUGUUAUAUAUUGCAUAAAACAAUCAUAUAUAUAUAUAUUUAUAAAACAUGUUUGCUUCAAUUAGUUCUUUUUUACAUCUGGUAACAGAUUGUAUUCCAUAAGGAGCAGUAAUUACUUCUAUCAUGUAAAUGUGUUGUCACAGCGUAAAAAUAGAGAGGCAUAUAUCACUUAUAUAAGCACUUGUGGAUACAUUAUAAUCAUUCGUCUUAAAAGCAAGUUUGGUAUUUUAUUAAUAAAAUAACGAAAUACAAGGCAUUAUUAAUAAUCUAUAUUGUUAUAGAUAUAAUAUCCCAUUUGUAUUCAACUGAGUGAAACAAUCUUAUAUCUUAAAUCAUAUUUUUUAGCUGUAUAUAUAUAUAUUUAUAUAAAAUUUAUUCUACUUAGUUUAAAGGAAACUGUAAUUUGCCUUUUCUAAGUUUUGUAGCUUGUGGCCUAAGGAUACAGAAUAAAUCAAAAAUAUCUGUAGAAAAC